GGACUUAUUGAUUGCUGUGUCAAAGCCCACCUCUUUUGCAAUGUCGGCUUAGAUAGUUUGGAAAGCAGUUCAACCAAUACCAUCAGUCGCACGCAGGACAACCCUUUAUUUAACGGGCAGCUUUGGCAGUCGUUGUUCCGGUGUUUGAUUUCAUUUGACAGUCCACGAUCGUACAACAAGGAAUGUCCAACAACGGUGACUCGGCUAUCGGCCUUUUGUCUUAUGAGACGUUGGUGCAUGCCUUGGCUGGUGCAGUGGGUAGCAUGACGGCGAUGACCGUCUUCUUUCCUUUGGACACAGCCAGGAUCAGACUGCAGGUGGAUGAAAGUCGGAAGGCCCAAACCACCCCCGUCAUUCUGGUUGAAAUAGCAAAGGAAGAAGGCGUGUUGUCUUUGUACAGAGGCUGGUUCCCUGUUAUCUCCAGCCUGUGCUGCUCAAACUUUGUCUACUUCUACACCUUCAACACACUUAAGAAACUGAUGGUGUCAGGCAAGUCCAGACCGAGCAAAGACCUGCUUAUGGGCUUUAUAUCAGGUGCUGUGAACGUGAUCCUGACCACACCCAUGUGGGUGGUCAACACUCGGCUGAAGCUACAGGGGGCAAAGUUUAGGAAUGAAGACCUGCAUCAAACCCACUACAAGGGCAUAUUUGAUGCUUUUUCCCAGAUCAUAGCCAAAGAGGGAGUGGGGACGCUUUGGAAUGGUAUCCUGCCUUCUCUGGUUCUGGUGUUCAAUCCUGCCAUGCAGUUCAUGUUCUAUGAGACCAUGAAGAGGAGGGCUGGCCGAGGAGGGAGGAGGAUUUCCUCUGUCGAGAUCUUUCUCAUUGGAGCACUUGCCAAGGCUAUUGCUACAACAGCAACAUAUCCCCUGCAGACAGUCCAGGCUAUUUUGAGGUUUGGCCAGUUCAAAGCUGAAGGCAAGGGUGGUGUAUUUGGAAGUCUCAGAAAUGUUAUCUUCCUCCUAAUGGACAGAAUCAAGAGACAUGGAGUGCUGGGCCUGUACAAAGGCCUGGAGGCCAAGCUCCUUCAGACGGUACUAACGGCUGCUCUAAUGUUCGUAGUGUAUGAGAAGAUUACAGCUGUCACCUUCAAAGUCCUGGGCCUGAACAAGAAACUGAAGCAUUGAGACUUUUAUCUGACAGGUUAUUUUCAGGUGUUUUGAUUCAGGACUGGCAUUUUUUACCGUUGAAGUCUUUCAUAAAUCAUCAUAAAUCAUCAGACAGAAUCUA